AAUGAAGAACUAAAACAAGAAGUUAUCAGCUUAAGAUGGAAAAUUUAUUUAUGAAGGUGAUAUAAUUACAGAUGAUAAGUCAAAAUAGAUGCUUUAUGAUGGUUAAGGAUAUCUAUUUAAUAAUGAGACGAAGUGUUUCUUCAAAGGGACAUGGAAAAGGGGGGAGAAAGUUUGUGGAAUUGAAACUUUCCCGAAUGGGGAUGUUUAUGAAGGUUAAUACAAAGAUGGUGUGUUUCAUGGCAGAGGAUUGAUUUAUAAUAAUGUGCAACUCUACCCUGACAAAAAAGGUUAAUACCUCUAUGACGGGCAAUUUGAGUAGGGGUAAAAACAUGGCUUUGGUAAAGAAUAAUACUUCACAGGGGGACGUUAUGAAGGCCAAUUCAAGUACAAUUAGAAGCAUGGCCCUGGUAAAUUAGUGUUUUCUGACGGAUCCUAUUUCGUUGGUGAUUUUUAAAGAGGUAACUAUUAUUGUUGUUAUAAAACUUAGGAUUGCCUAAUGGGUUCGGAGUCCAUGUCGCUUAUUCUAAGGAGAGAAUAGUUUCCACCUUUCCUCCACCAUCCAAUAAUGACGAUAGACUGGAAUCAGAAGCGAAGGAGGAAAUCUAGGAGCAGGAAUAUGAAAAAGACAAAUCAGAAUAUUUAUACGAGGGUGAGUUUGUUGAUGGGUACAAACACGGGAUUGGAAGAUUGUAUUAUCCUAGUGGGUCCUAUUUCUAUGCCUAUUGGGAGUAUAAUAAACCUGCUCGUGAUUUUAUUGAGUAUAUUGCUGAAGGCCAUAAAUGGAGAAUUGUUAAUGUCAAAUAGUUGCAGACUGACCAGAGUAUUAACUUCUUCAAGAUCAUCCGAGAUAACAAAUCCUCGUGGAUUGAGAAGUGUCCCAUUAAGGGCAACAGUUACCCUCCUGCUGAAUUAGAUGGCUAUAAAGGUCUAAUUGAUGAGAAGGGAUUGAAGCGAGAAGAUUUUGAGGAUCCAGAAUUCGACUACUCUGAGCAAACCUUUAGCAUCAAGGAUGAGAACGACUAGCCAGUUGGUGCACCUAUUGAGUUUGAGAGAAUAUUUGCAUCGAAGUACUUCAAGAGGAAGGAUUUCAAACUCUUCACUAAAGAUAUACAGCCUGGGUAUCUACAAUACUCAGAACAAUAUUGUUGUUAACAAUUGACAGUCGUCUUAAAUGCACUUACAUUCCAUUCCUACCUUUUAAAUAAAGUAUUUACUAGGAAAUACGAAGCAGAGUAAUAUUAAUGUUCUCUAUUCUAGAAUUGGAUUUUAUUUCAUCAAACUAUUUUUGAAAAACGAAUGGAAAGAAUAUAUUAUCGAUGAUAAGAUACCUGUAUUCAAGUAUGAUAAAAUGCCCAUCUUCUCCAAUUCCUAGGAACCCGAAUUGGCCUGGGUGAUCUUAUUCAAAGCAUUUGCAAAGUACAAUUAAUCCUUCCAAUAUUUUUCGAAUGAUAAACUAAUGAGAGCUGUUGAGUAUUUAACAUUGUUGACUGGUAUGCCAACUGUGUAAUUCUCGAUCCCCAAUAAUUUCGGAGAGAACCAAGAGUACUCUGAUUAAGUAUUGCAUUUUCAAGAUAUUAGCAAAAAAAAAUAUGGAAAACCAUGUCAUAGAAAUAUUAAAGCACCAAAGUCAGGAUUUGUUAUUUAUACAAAGAGAUGGAGGAGAGAUUAAAAUUACCCAGAAAUACAGCCUAUCAAAUUGUGGACAUGCAAGAUUCUUCAUUGGGUAAGAGGGAUGAAUCAUACUUUCUACUUAUUUUGGCAUCGAAUUAGAAGCUUUCUCUAAAAUAAGAUAUAAACAAUUACACUUCACAGGCUAGAUAAAAGUUACAGGAAAGAAAUUCUUAAGCCAGAAACAACGAAGCUUACUUCUUGAUGGAAUACAAAGAUUUUAUCAAACAUUUUCAGUAUGUCAUUAUGCUUUGUGCCACAAGUUACCCAAUAUAGAAUUAAUAAUUGAUAGAGCCUGAAGAAAAAGACAAAUAUAAUCAAGAACUAAGAUUUUUUUGCAGAUUUAGAACAAAUUUAACCCAAGAUUGCUUAAUCUGUGUCACUUAAGAUCAUUAAGACAAAUCGGAAGACUAUGUUGUUUAGGAAAGUAAGACAUAGAUUAUUAUCUUUAGAAACAUUCCCUGUAAGAAUUGUGCUUGCCAAAGAGAAGGAUUUAUUCACGAAUAAGAAUCAAGUAAAGAAAAAGAUUGUGUCAAAAUGGUCUGGGUAAGUCAAUAAUUCAAAAUAAGAAAGAGAGAAAGAUAAAAAGGAAGAUACUAUAAAGGCUGAAAUGAAAUACACUUCAAUUUUUGACUAAAACAAUGAUAAAAAGCAAAUUAACCCAUACAAAUAUUGUUUUGGGAAAGGUUAGUCGUCAGGCAAGAUGCUAUUUAAGGAUGCCUCUCUAGAAAGUGGAGCAUAUGUAUUGUUUGUCUAAGUUGAAACAGGAGAUAGCAAAGAAUAGUUGGAUUUAAAAAAAAUGAAGUUUUGGAUUACUAUCCAUAGUCAGAAACUCAUCUAAAUACAAAGACUUGAUUAAUAGAUUCAAGAGUUCUAAAAAUUAGUGUAUGAGAGUGCUAUUGCCAUUGCUGACAAACAUUCUUAAGACACUCAAAAAAUUAAAUACUUCCACAAAGGAGAUCUCAGUGAGUAAGAAAAUGGAAGUAGUGAUCUUGUAAUAACGCAAUAUUUUAUUAAGAAAGAAGGAACAUAUUUACAGCAUUUGCAUAAUAAGAGUUCCAAUAAAAUUUGGAGACAGAAGUUGUAUUUCAAGUUGGAUAACAUGUAGAUUAUCGAUCACAGAGAAUCUCAGAAAUUGGACAUCUGUUUAUCCAAGAAAUAGACGGCUUUAAUCAUAAUUUAAUAGGUGGGAGCAAAAAAAUAUAAUUUGGAAGGAGGAGAAGGAAUUUGUAUUGUGGACUUAUUGCAUGAUGAGUUGGCAGAGGAGGAAUAGGAAGCGAAGAAUCAUGAGACUGCGACUUUUCAAGAGGAUAAUUAGCAAAUCUUCCAAUAGUCAACAUCAAAACCUAAAUUUGGAAGUUUAUUUUUUAAGAGCUGAU